CGUAUUUGUAUCUAAUGCUAUGUUAUUUAAAGAUCAAAACUCUCAGACCUUCGACGGGAAAAAGCCAUAAAGUUUUGUCUUAUUCGCAUAUGGUCAAGCAUGGAUUAGUUUGCUUUCGACCCUGAUCAGGUGUGAGUGCAACAGGGAUAUUCCUUACAACCUCUCACGCGUCUAAGCACGUCUCUGCGUCUACGUCUUUGCGAAGGCGGGGCAAUCUUAGCAAGUGAACACACUCUCCGCUCGACGCCGUGUUUGACGACGAGGCGGAUAGGUUCUCUUUCCCCCAAAUCUCUACGUUAGUAAAACACACCCCCUAGACAAGAUAUAUGCUUCAUCAGUUUAACAAAGAGAAUGGCUACGAAUGAUCAAUAAGCUUAUUCUAGAAUCCAUUCGACCGUCAGUGGGACUAGAUUGACUCGGUAUACUACCUAAGGUACAUAAUGUUAAACGCGACGCUUGACACAUUGGUUUUGACUUGGUCGAAUACCACCACAUCUGCAGCUUUCUUUUGACAGGACCACUUCUCAACCAGACUUUUUCCCUUCUCAAGUCUGAUUAUUACACUACAUUGGCUCAAUAGCCCUGGAAGCGGCUGAUGGGUACCUGCAAGUACAGACCUGCAUGUCCCUGGGUUUGGUAUUUAAUGGUACCUAGUGCUUGGGUUGCGGGUAUGCAAUGUGUGAGCGGCACUUCUUUUCUGUCUCUGCUCAUCUUCACCUCGUUCGAAGUUGCAUCAGUUGUUUGCUAUGUAUUAGCUCUCGGGGAUCGACUGCGCUAACAAGGGGCUUAGCCAACUACGUGCGUACGGCUUCCAACUCUUGUUGAUUACGAUACGUAUAAGAGGGUCGAUAUAUGACCACUAUUGAAUAAUGAGAGACAUAAUUACGGUCCGUCACGAGGUUUUAAUUUCACAUUGCUUCGUGAUGCUUAGUGAAACUAUUUUCUUUAAUGUAUUAAGGUAGUUAAUAGAUACCUAAUAUACUUGA